AUGGCUUUCAAACUUUAGUGUUAGAUAAUUGAACCUUCUGCUCAAGUCAUCUUUUAAGAUUUGAUAGACUUUAUGAGAGCUGCAACUGAUCUCAACUAAAGAAAUCAUAUCUUUUUUCAAAUUAAGUUGUUGAAGGAAGAUUUAUAUAUUUUGAAGAGAUUGAUAGAUGAAAAAUUAAAUGAAGUCAAGCUUAUUCCUACUAAAUAAAAUAAUAAAGAAAAAUAAUAGCUUGAAAGAGCUAUCUAAACUUUCUUAAAUGAAAUAAUAGAACUUAAUUGGUCUCAUUAAAUGACCUCCUCAAUUUAUAGAAGCCAGACAGACUAAAUGUGUAUUUUCUCCUAGCAGAAAUAUUCAUAUUUGUUCAGGAUUUACAAAGCCAAGAGAGAAAAUAUCAAUUCUGCUUAACAAUAGAGAGUCUGCGUAUUCAUCUGA